GGUUUAACUAGACUGGGAUCGAGUCGUCAUGCCUUUUUUCUCGUCUCCACGCUGUUUCAAUGGACGCCUUCGACUUGUUUCGUAAACUCGGAGCCGGAGCGAAAUUUGAUUUCAAGAGGUUUGGUAAAGAUGCCGAACGAUUUAAGGUGGUGAGAUCUCAAGAGAAAGAUGUAUCUGACCACUAUGGGAUCGACUUUUUCGGGACCGGAACAACCCACGGCAACCAGGAGCAGAGAGCGGAGGAGAAGCAAGACGAGGAGGGAGAGGUAGAUGCUGCUGCAGGGAAAAGGAAACGACCGGAUGAGGAGAAGACUGCAAAGAAGAAAAAGAAAGAUACUCAGGCUGAAGUGGCGUGUGAGGAGACCGAGGGCAUCCUGUGGACCUCCUCUGCAGACAGGAAGUCUAAAGGCUUGAAGGAGGGGAGGGACAGAGACAAGACAUCCAUGAAGAGACUCCAACACCUCCACCAAGAGAAGGUGAACCGUGUCCGUAUGCAACAUCGUAUCAACGUGCAUGGCUGUGACGUGCCUGACCCAGUGUGCACCUUCUCUGAGCUGCAGUCCGAGUACGACCUGAACCCACGCGUCCUCCAGAACCUGUCCGCAGCUGGACUCACCAUACCCACUCCCAUCCAGAUGCAGGCUAUACCCCUGAUGAUGCAUGGUCGUGAGUUGUUGGCGUGUGCUCCGACAGGUUCGGGGAAGACUCUAGCGUUCUGUCUCCCUCUCCUGACACACCUGAAACAGCCUGCUAACCUCGGCAUCAGAGCUCUGGUCAUCUCUCCCACCAGGGAACUGGCCAGCCAGACCCACAGGGAGUUGGUGCGUCUGUCGGAGGGCGUCGGGUUCAGAGUUCACAUACUAGACAAGGCCUCCAUGGCAGCCAGGAAAUACGUUCCCAGCUCUCACAAGAAAUCCGAUAUUCUGAUCAGUACCCCCAAUAGACUGGUGUUCCUCCUGAAGCAGGAUGCUAUAGACCUCAGCAGUGUGGAAUGGUUGGUGGUGGAUGAGAGCGAUAAGCUGUUUGAGGAUGGUCGUAGUGGCUUCAGAGAGCAGCUAGCAGCAGUGUUCCAGGCGUGUUCCUCUCCGCGGGUCAGACGAGCGCUCUACAGUGCUACCUGUGCUUCAGACGUGGAACAGUGGUGUCGCCUCAACCUCGACAACCUGGUCUCUGUCAACAUUGGACACAGGAACUCUGCAGUAGAGACAGUAGAACAGGAGCUGCUGUUUGUUGGAACAGAGAACGGGAAGUUACUGGCCGUGAGGGACAUCAUCAAGAAGGGUUUCUUGCCCCCUAUGCUGGUGUUUGUCCAGUCUAUUGAUCGGGCCAGAGAGCUCUUCCAUGAGCUGGUGUACGAAGGCAUCAACGUAGACAUCAUACACGCUGACCGCACACAGCAACAGAGAGACAACGUGAUCAGUAGUUUCCGGUCGGGUGAUAUCUGGGUGUUGAUCUGUACGGCCCUGCUGGCCCGAGGUAUCGACUUUAAGGGUGUCAACCUGGUGCUGAACUACGACUUCCCUACCAGCGCUGUGGAAUACAUCCACCGUAUCGGUCGUACUGGUAGGGCGGGACGCACAGGGAGAGCUGUCACCUUCUUCACCGAGGAUGACAAGCCUCUUCUACGCAGUGCCAAUGUGAUCAAACAGGCCGGUUGUCCUGUCCCUGGCUACAUGGUAGGCUUUAAAAAGAUACACAGUAAGGUAAAACGGCAGCUCCAGAAGAAACCGCCGAAGAGGAGCACUAUCCGUACCACGCCUCAAUUUGUACUGAAGAAGGGAAGAGGAGGAGAGAAGACGGGAGGAGUCGGAGGACCGAAGAAAGGAGCACUGGGAGGACCAAAGAAAGGAGCUGACGGACGGGAGACGAAGGGAGAUAAAGGACAGAAGUCGUCUGAUGGAGUCCAGUCUAAGGUCCAGGGGACGAGGAAAAAGAAGAAAGGAAAGAAGAACUGAGAAGACCGAUGGAGAUGAGAGGAAGGAGAAGACCGAUGGAGAUGUGAAGACGGGCAGAUGACAGGAAGGAGAAGACCGAUGGAGAUGUGAAGACGGGCAGAUGACAGGAAGGAGAAGACCGAUGGAGAUGAUAGUUGUUUUGUUGCUUUCAGAUACGUGUGGUUUUGUAUUUCUUGGACAUUCUAAUAAAAACAGUUGAUUUAA